CAUGGGCUAGCAGGGGAGCAGCAGCAGCAGCAGCAGCAGGAGCCAUGGUCAAGCGGAAAAGCUCCGAAGGCCCCGAGCAGGAGAGCGGCCGCGGGGUCCCGCUCCCCAUCCAGACCUUCCUCUGGAGGCAAACCAGUGCUUUUUUGAGGCCCAAGCUGGGAAAACAAUAUGAAGCAUCAUGUGUGUCCUUUGAAAGAGUUUUGGUUGAAAACAAACUGCAUGGCCUUUCACCAGCCCUUUCGGAAGCCAUCCAGAGCAUUUCUCGUUGGGAACUGGUCCAAGCUGCCUUACCACAUGUCCUUCACUGCACGGCCAUUUUGCUGUCAAAUCGGAACAAGCUAGGUCAUCAGGACAAACUUGGAGUUGCAGAAACAAAGCUCCUUCACACACUCCACUGGAUGCUGUUGGAAGCUCCUCAAGACUGCAGUAAUGACCGCUAUGGAAGUGGAGGAGGAGACCGCGGAUCCAGCUGGAGGGGAAGCAGCAGUGCUUUCAUUCACCAGAUUGAAAACCAGGCAUCUCCUGGGCAUUCAAGGCGGGACAGCAUCAAUGAAGAAGAAGAGAAUAACAGAAGGAAGUUUUUUCAGAAUUCCAUGGCCACAGUCGAGCUCUUUGUUUUCCUGUUUGCUCCUCUGGUUCAUAGGAUUAAAGAAUCUGAUCUGACUUUCCGUCUAGCCAGUGGCCUUGUGAUUUGGCAACCAAUGUGGGAACAUAGGCAACCUGAAGUGACAGCUUUUACAGCACUGGUUAAGCCCAUCAGAAAUAUAAUUACAGCAAAGAGAACCUCUCCAAUCAAAAAUCAGACUCAGACAUGUGAAUCUCCAAAUCUGGAUGUUGGCCGCUCAGAGGGAUUGCAGGUCGUCUGUGAAACAGCCCAGCCAGAUUACAAGUCGCCAAGGCCAACAUUUUCAGGCUGUCAUCGUGGAAACUCCAUUGAAGGAAGUGUAUCAUCCCAAGCAUCCCAAGAGAAAGGACCACCAUACCCUAGGGUGUCUUUGGUGAUCCCACCAUGCCAGAAGUCUCGGUAUGCCACCUACUUUGAUGUGGCAGUUUUGCGAUGCCUGCUUCAACCACAUUGGUCUGAGGAAGGCACACAGUGGUCCCUGAUGUAUUACCUCCAGAGGCUCCGCCAUAUGCUAGAGGAGAAACCCGAGAAGCCCCCUGAGCCGGAUGUCCCACAGCUGCCAAGGCCACGCAGCAGCUCCAUGGUGGCUGCCGCUCCAUCAUUGGUGAACACUCACAAAACACAGGAUCUCACAAUGAAAUGCAAUGAGGAAGAAAAAUCCUUAAGCACAGAAGCUUUUGCCAAAGUGUCAUUAACCAACCUGCGGAGACCUGCAGUUCCAGACCUCUCCUCAGAUUUGGGAAUGAAUAUUUUUAAGAAGUUCAAGAGUCGCAAAGAAGAUCGUGAGCGCAAGGGCUCGAUUCCUUUCCAUCACACGGGGAAGAAACGGCAGCGGCGGAUGGGAGUUCCCUUCUUGCUCCAUGAAGACCAUUUGGAUGUGUCACCCACUCGCAGCACUUUCUCCUUUGGCAGUUUCUCUGGGAUUGGGGAAGAGAGACGGGGCAUGGAGAGAGGAGGGUGGCAAACCACUAUCUUAGGGAGGUUUACCAGACGGGGCAGCUCUGAUGCAGCCACAGAGAUGGAGAGCCUGAGUGCAAGGCACUCGCAUUCCCACCAUACUUUAGUCACUGACAUCCCGGAUCAUUCCAACAGCCAUGUGCGUUCUCAGAUCUCCACCAUCACGGUGGCAACUUUCAACACCACUCUGGCCUCUUUCAACGUGGGCUAUGCAGACUUCUUCAGUGAGCACAUGCGCAAACUUUGCAACCAGGUGCCCAUACCAGAAAUGCCUCAUGAGCCCUUGGCAUGUGCCAAUCUCCCUCGGAGUCUGACAGAUUCCUGCAUCAAUUACAGCUGUUUGGAGGAUACUGACCACAUAGAUGGCACCAGCAAUUUUGUCCACAAGAAUGGCAUGCUAGAUCUUUCGGUGGUUCUCAAAGCUGUUUAUUUGGUCCUGAACCAUGACAUCAGCUCCCGCAUCUGUGAUGUGGCUCUCAAUAUUGUGGAAUGCCUGCUUCAGCUUGGAGUGGUGCCCUGUGUGGAGAAGGCAAGAAGGAAAAGUGAGAACAAAGAGAACGAGUCCACUGAAAAGAGGCAAAGUGAGACCUCCUUCCAACUCAAGGGGGCAUUGAGUAGUUCAGCAUCUGCAUUUGGGGCUGCUACAGUCAGUGGAGCUGGAGACAGCAGUGGUGACGGAGGAGGCGGUGGCAGUGGUGGUGGCAGCAGUGGUGGCGGAGGUAGUGGUGGUGCAGGAGGAGAUGGAGGUGGUGGAGAUGGAGGAGGAGGAGAAGGCGGAGGACGACCUUAUGAAAAGAAUGACAAAAAGGAAGACAAGGAGGAAAGCACCCCUGUAAGCACUCACAGGCUGGCUCUGACAAUGCUGAUAAAAAUCGUGAAGUCAUUGGGCUGUGCCUAUGGCUGUGGAGAAGGUCACCGAGGACUCUCUGGAGAUCGGCUGAGACAUCAGGCUCAGAACUGUCUCACGAAGUUAUACAAGCUGGAUAGAAUGCAGUUCCGACAAACCAUGAGAGACUAUGUAAAUAAGGACUCACUCAACAAUGUGGUUGAUUUUUUACAUGCCUUACUAGGAUUCUGCAUGGAGCCAGUUACAGACAACAAAGCUGGGUUUGGAAAUAAUUUCACCACAAUGGAUAACAAGUCCACAGCCCAAAGUGUGGAAGGUAUUAUUGUCAGUGCAAUGUUCAAAUCCCUGAUCACCCGCUGUGCCUCUACUACACACGAGCUCCAUAGUUCUGAGAAUCUGGGACUGUAUUGUGACAUCCGACAACUUGUGCAAUUUAUCAAGGAGGCUCAUGGGAAUGUCUUUAGACGAGUCGCUCUUAGUGCCCUUUUGGACAGUGCUGAGAAAUUGGCACCAGGAAGAAAAGCAGAAGAAACUACUGAGCAUGAACCCAAACCACCUGGCAGCAAAAGAUCUGAAGUAGGUAGUAUUGUUAUUGAUAAAGGACAGCCUUCUGCUCCUGAUGAAUGCCGUAGUUAUCUCUCAAGUCGCCCAUUACAGACUCCAGAACAUGAUGAACAGAUGCAAGGAGCAGCCCUAGGCCGCAAAGAUUUCUGGCGGAAGAUGUUCAAAUCACAGAGUGCAGCAAGUGAUACCAGCAGCCAGUCUGAACCAGAUACUUCAGAAUGCACAACAGCACACUCCGGGACAACAACUGAGAGGCGCUCCCGUUCCCGUUCCAGGCGGAUCUCUCUCCGAAAAAAACUUAAACUUCCCCUAGGUAAAAGAAAUUGGCUGAAACGCUCAUCCCUUUCUGGUCUGGCAGAUGGUGUCGAAGAUCUCCUUGAUAUCAGCUCUGUUGAUCGUCUCUCUUUUAUCAGGCAGAGUUCCAAGGUGAAGUUCACUAGUGCCGUGAAGCUGUCAGAAGGGGGCCCAGGAAGUGGCCUGGAGAAUGGGCGUGAUGAAGAGGAGAAUUUCUUCAAGCGUCUUGGUAAAUGGCGCACCUGUCGAAGACAUCCAUCCAAGCUUCAUCACAUAGAAGAAAAAGAUGGUUGCCAGACAUAUGAUGAUCAGAUGGCUCCCAACCAAGAGGGAAGCAAAUCCAAGAAUGUUGUGAACCUGGGUGCGAUACGGCAAGGCAUGAAACGUUUUCAGUUCCUCUUAAACUGCUGCGAACCAGGAACAAUCCCAGAUGCCUCUAUCUUGGCAGCUGCCCUUGACCUCGAAGCCCCGGUGGUAGCAAGAGCAGCCCUGUUCUUGGAGUGUGCUCGCUUUGUCCACCGCUGUAAUCGUGGCAAUUGGCCAGAAUGGAUGAAGGGACACCAUGUGAACAUCACCAAAAAAGGCCUUUCUCGCGGGCGCUCUCCAAUAGUGGGGAACAAACGGAACCAGAAGUUACAGUGGAAUGCAGCCAAACUCUUCUAUCAGUGGGGAGAUGCCAUUGGAGUACGUCUGAAUGAGCUCUGCCAUAGCGAGAGUGAGAGCCCAGCUAACCUGCUGGGUCUCAUUUAUGACGAGGAGACCAAGCGGAGACUAAGAAAGGAGGAUGAGGAAGAAGACUUUUUAGAUGACAGUAAGGAGACUCCCUUUACUACAAGAACCCCUGCUUGUACGGUCAACCCCACCAAAUGUUGUUGUCCUUUUGCCUUGAAGAUGGCAGCAUGUCAGCUGCUCUUGGAGAUCACCACAUUCCUUCGGGAGACCUUUCCCUACAUGCCCAGGCCACGUACAGAACCACUUGUGGAUUUGGAAAGCUGCAGAUUACGCUUGGACCCUGAGAUGGACCGGCACAGGUAUGAGAGGAAGAUCAGUUUUGCUGGGGUUCUGGAUGAAAAUGAAGAUUCAAAAGAUUCCUUGCACAGCAGCAGUCAUACCCUGAAAUCUGACACAGGUUGUGAAGAGAAGAAAGUUCCCAGCAGGAAGAUCAGGAUAGGAGGCUCCCGCUUGCUCCAGAUUAAAGGAACCCGCAGUUUCCGGGUGAAGAAAGGGGGUUCCCUGUCCAGCAUUCGCCGGGCCGGCAGCCUAAAGAGCACCAAGUUAUCCCGUCAGGAUUCAGAGUCUGAGAAUGAGGAGCUGCAGCUGUCCCACAGCAGGGACACUGUCACUGACAUAGAAGGGAGUCCUUGGAGCGCAAGCGAACCCAGCAUAGAACCUGAAGUGCUGAGCAGCACUGGUACCGAAGAGAAUUAUCAUCGCAAUAUGUCGUGGCUACAUGUGAUGAUUCUUCUCUGCAACCAGCAGAGUUUUAUCUGUAACCACAUUGAUUACUGCCACCCUCACUGUUACCUCCAUCACAGCCGUUCUUGUGCUCGUCUCGUUCGGGCCAUCAAACUCCUGUAUGGAGACACUGUGGAUUCACUCAGAGAAAACAAUAUACCUAAUGGUGUAUCUAGGGGUAAAAAGCAGAAAGAGUGUUCAGACAAGUCAUGCCUGAGAACACCUUCUCUUAAGAAAAGAGUGAUGGAUACCAACCUUGAAGGAAAGAAGGACUCUGGGAUGUUGAAAUAUAUCAGGCAUCAGGUGAUGAGUUUAUCUCCGGCACCAUUAUCCCUCUUAAUCAAAGCUGCUCCCAUCCUCACAGAAGAGAUGUACGGGGACAUCCAGCCUGCAGCAUGGGAACUGUUACUUAGCAUGGAUGAGCACAUGGCUGGUGCAGCAGCUGCCAUGUUCCUUCUGUGUGCUGUGAAAGUGCCCGAGGCAGUGUCAGAUAUGCUGAUGUCUGAAUUUAAUCACCCCGAGGCAGUGCAGAGGUUGAAUGCUAUACUCAAGUUCCACACCCUCUGGAGAUUUAGGUAUCAGGUCUGGCCUCGGAUGGAGGAAGGAGCUCAGCAGAUCUUUAAGAUUCCUCCACCUAGCAUCAACUUCACCCUGCCAUCCCCAGUACUGGGAAUGCCCUCUGUCCCCAUGUUUGACCCACCAUGGGUACCACAGUGUGGUGGAAGUGUGCAGGACACUAUUAAUGAAGAUCAAUCUAAGUCAUUUUCAGCCCGGGCAGUGUCACGCUCCCAUCAGCGUGCAGAGCACAUUCUGAAGAAUCUGCAGCAAGAAGAAGAGAAAAAACGUCUGGGUCGAGAAGCUAGUCUGAUCACUGCCAUCCCCAUCACUCAGGAAGCUUGUUAUGAGCCCACCUGUUCCCCAAAUUCGGAACAGGAGGAAGAAGUAGAAGAAGUUGUUAACCUGGCAUCUCGUCGUCUCUCUGUGAGUCCAUCAUGCACUUCGAGUACCUCUCACAGGAACUACUCUUUUCGGCGUGGCUCAGUUUGGUCAGUGCGUUCAGCAGUCAGUGCUGAAGAUGAGGAACACACAACAGAGCAUACACCAAAUCAUCAUGUGCCCCAGCCUCCACAAGCGGUCUUCCCGGCUUGUAUCUGUGCAGCUGUGCUUCCCAUUGUUCACCUGAUGGAAGAUGGAGAAGUCCGGGAGGAUGGUGUCGCAGUGAGUGCAGUAGCUCAGCAAGUCCUAUGGAACUGUCUCAUUGAAGAUCCAUCUACAGUUCUUCGACAUUUUCUGGAGAAGCUUACGAUCAGCAAUCGGCAGGAUGAGUUGAUGUAUAUGCUCAGGAAACUUCUGCUUAACAUUGGAGACUUCCCUGCUCAGACAUCCCAUAUCCUCUUUAACUACUUGGUGGGAUUGAUCAUGUAUUUUGUGCGCACACCAUGUGAAUGGGGCAUGGAUGCUAUUUCAGCAACACUGACCUUCCUUUGGGAAGUUGUUGGCUAUGUGGAAGGACUUUUCUUCAAGGACCUCAAACAGACUAUGAAGAAGGAACAAUGUGAAGUGAAGCUGUUGGUGACUGCCUCCAUGCCAGGCACCAAAACCCUGGUAGUUCAUGGGCAAAAUGAAUGUGAUAUCCCAACCCAGUUGCCAGUCCAUGAAGACACCCAGUUUGAAGCUCUUUUAAAGGAAUGUCUGGAAUUUUUUAACAUACCUGAAUCCCAAUCUUCCAACUAUUUUUUGAUGGAUAAACGAUGGAACCUUAUUCAUUACAGCAAGACCUAUGUCCGCGAUAUUUAUCCAUUUCGAAGAUCAGUAUCCCCCCAACUGAACCUGGUCCACAUGCAUCCAGAAAAGGGACAAGAACUUAUUCAGAAACAGGUGUUCACGCGCAAGUUGGAGGAAGUUGGCCGGGUGCUUUUCCUUAUUUCUCUGACCCAGAAGAUCCCUGUGGCUCAUAAGCAGUCACAUGUGUCAUUGCUGCAAGAGGAUCUUCUCCGCUUGCCCUCUUUCCCUCGCAGUGCUAUUGAUGCAGAAUUCUCACUCUUCAAUGAUCCACAAGCUGGAAAAGAGCUCUUUGGCCUUGACACUCUUCAGAAAAGCCUAUGGAUCAAACUACUGGAGGAGAUGUUUCUGGGAAUGCCCAGUGAAUUUCCCUGGGGGGAUGAAAUUAUGCUGUUCUUGAAUGUAUUCAAUGGCGCUCUGAUCCUACAUCCUGAGGAUAGUGCUCUGUUGAGGCAGUAUGCUGCCACGGUUAUCAACACAGCAGUGCAUUUCAACCACCUCUUCUCUCUUAGUGGAUACCAAUGGAUCCUGCCCACGAUGCUUCAGGUAUAUGCUGACUAUGAAAGCAACCCACAACUGCGUCAAGCCAUUGAAUUUGCCUGCCGCCAGUUUUACAUUCUCCAUCGUAAACCCUUUGUACUACAAUUGUUUGCGAGUGUGGCUCCCCUCCUGGAGUUUCCUGACGCUACAAAUAAUGGACCCAGCAAGGGGCUCUCAGCUCAGUGCCUCUUUGACCUUCUCCAGUCCUUAGAAGGAGACACUCCAGACAUUCUGGACAUUCUAGAAUUAGUGAAAGCAGAAAAGCCACUGAAAUCAUUAGAUUUCUGCUAUGGCAAUGAGGACUUGACCUUUUCCAUCAGUGAAGCCAUCAAGCUGUGUGUAACAGUUGUAGCAUAUGCCCCUGAGUCAUUCAGAAGUCUUCAGAUGCUGAUGGUCCUUGAAGCCCUGGUCCCCUGUUACCUUCAGAGGCUGAAGAGGCAAACCUCCCAAGUGGAGACGGUGACAGCAGCUCGAGAAGAAAUCGCUGCAACAGCCGCUCUUGCUACAUCCUUGCAAGCCCUUUUGUACAGUGUGGAAGUUCUUACCAGGCCAAUGACUGCUCCCCAGAUGAGUCGCUGUGAUCAAGGCCAUAAAGGAACCACUGCUGCUAACCACACUAUAUCAUCUGGAACAAACACCAGGUACCCGGAGCAAGGAGCCAAACUGCACUUUAUCAGGGAAAACCUUCAUUUGUUGGAAGAAGGCCAAGGCAUUCAACGGGAGGAGCUGGACGAACGCAUUGCUAGGGAGGAAUUUAGGCGGCCUCGUGAGUCCCUGCUCAAUAUCUGUACUGAAUUUUACAAGCACUGUGGCCCUCGCCUGAAGAUUUUGCAGAAUCUAGCUGGUGAGCCAAGGGUGACUUCCUUAGAGCUGCUGGAUGUUAAGUCUCAUAUGAGGUUGGCAGAAAUUGCACAUUCCCUUCUGAAGCUGGCACCCUAUGACACCCAGACGAUGGAGAGCCGUGGGCUCCGGCGAUACAUCAUGGAGAUGCUACCCAUCACUGACUGGACAGCUGAGGCAGUGAGGCCAGCCCUUAUCCUCAUCUUAAAAAGAUUGGAUCGUAUGUUCAAUAAAAUUCACAAGAUGCCUACUUUGAGGCGACAGGUUGAAUGGGAGCCUGCCAGCAGUUUGAUUGAAGGGGUUUGUUUGACACUUCAGAGGCAGCCAAUCAUUUCCUUCCUGCCUCACCUUAGGUCACUGAUCAAUGUCUGUGUCAAUCUGGUGAUGGGAGUAGUAGGACCUUCCAGUGUGGCCGAUGGAUUACCCCUUCUUCAUCUCAGCCCUUAUCUCUCGCCACCUCUACCCUUCAGCACAGCUGUUGUCCGGCUUGUAGCAUUGCAGAUUCAGGCUUUAAAAGAAGAUUUUCCCUUAAGCCACGUGAUAUCCCCAUUCACCAAUCAGGAGAGGCGGGAAGGAAUGCUUUUAAAUCUUCUGAUUCCAUUUGUGCUCACAGUAGGAUCAGGAAGCAAAGAUAGCCCUUGGCUGGAACAGCCAGAAGUCCUCCUGCUACUCCAGACAGUCAUUAAUAUUUUGCUGCCACCUCGCAUUAUCAGUACAUCCCGCAGUAAGAACUUCAUGUUGGAGAGCUCCCCUGCUCACUGCUCCACUCCGGGAGAUGCAGGGAAGGACCUGCGUAAGGAAGGGCUAGCUGAAUCCACUAGUCAGGCAGCUUACCUGGCUCUGAAGGUGAUCCUUGUCUGUUUUGAGCGGCAGCUUGGCAGCCAAUGGUACUGGCUGAGUCUACAAGUCAAAGAGAUGGCUUUGAGAAAAGUAGGAGGGCUGGCCUUAUGGGAUUUCCUGGAUUUUAUAGUGCGCACUCGAAUUCCUAUCUUUGUGCUUCUUCGACCUUUCAUCCAGUGCAAGUUGUUAGCUCAACCAGCUGAGAACCAUGAGGAGCUGACUGCCCGACAGCACAUUGCAGACCAGCUAGAGCGGCGCUUUAUCCCACGCCCUCUUUGCAAGAGUUCUCUCAUUGCAGAAUUCAAUAACGAGCUAAAGAUCUUGAAGGAGGCUGUACACAGUGGGUCAGCCUACCAAGGGAAGACUUCGAUCAGCACUGUGGGCACAUCCACCUCUGCAUACCGACUGAGCCUUGCCACUAUGUCCCGCUCCAACACUGGCACAGGCACUGUGUGGGAGCAGGAUAGUGAGCCUUCCCAACAGGCAUCCCAAGAUACUUUAAGUCGGACAGAUGAAGAAGAUGAAGAAAAUGAUUCUGUGAGCAUGCCCAGUGUGGUAAGUGAACAAGAAGCAUACCUUAUGGGUGCCAUUGGGAGGAGGCGAUUCUCCAGCCAUCUCUCCAGCAUGUCUGCACCUCAGGCUGAGGUGGGCAUGUUACCAAGCCAAAGUGAACCCAAUGUCCUUGAUGACUCCCAGGGCCUGGCCGCUGAGGGCAGCCUCUCUAGGGUAGCCAGUGUGCAAAGUGAACCUGGACACCACAAUCUCCUUCUUCAGCAACCAUUAGGGAGAAAAAGAGGAUUGAGGCAGCUAAGGAGACCGCUUUUAUCACGUCAGAAAACCCAAACUGAACCACGUAGCCGUCAUGGAGCACGACUCUCUACUACACGUAGAAGCAUCCAACCAAAAGCAAAACCAACCGUGGAUCAAAAGCGAUCAGUAACAUUCACUGAAGCCCAGUCAGAGGCAUCAACCUCAAAAACUGAUCCAGCACCUCUGGGAACCCAGCAACCGAGCAGCAAAGGGAGCAGUCCUGCAGAAGAUGGCAAACAGGAUUCUGCAAAUAAACCUCCUGUUACUUCUUCACUUGCUGUUAUUGUGGCAGAUCUCCACAGUCAAGCCUCAUCUGGUCAGACGGAGACGCUUUUGGCUGAAAAGGAUAAGAAAAAAGAAGAGGAUUCGGACCAAACGCCAGUGCCAGCACACAGCACUCCUCCACCCACUCAACUUUCUGACACAGAGGAUUUUACAGGCCUAGAGACCACCAGUUUACUGCAGCAUGAAGACACUGUCCUUCACAUCAGUGAAGAUAAUGGAAUGGAGAAUCCUCUUCUUUCCAGCCAGUUCAGCUUUGCACAGGUUGAGGUGAGGCAGACUGACAUUGACCUAGAUGAGUCACAUGUUUGAUUUAGGAGGGAGAUAGAUGAUUAUAUGUGAGAAGCAGAAGAAACUUGCCUCUGGUCUUCAUAUCCCUCUGUAUGUAAUUGAGAAGAGCACUUUAUGAACACUGAGGAGCACAUUUUGUAUCCUCUGGGACAGGCGGACAAAUGUCUUUUAGGAAAUAAUUUGGACAGAUCAUGUUGGACUCAGGGCAUACCAUAAGAUAGAGAAACAACUGGGAGCAUUACUAGGCACAAAAUUAAGUUACAACAUCUUGCCCUUUUGCGCUCCUCAACCGGUCUGCUAAAAUUCAUUGCAUUGAUAAACAUCAGUCAGGAAAGGAGCAAUAUCUCUUUGGAGACUGGCCAUGUUAAUCUGGUAUCUUAAAGUUUUAUUUUUGUAAGCUCAAAAAGGAAAUAUAUAUAUAUCUAUACAUAUAAUAUCAACAUACACUUAGUCUAUUUAUCAUUAACAUAGUUCUCUAUAAAGCUAGAGAACUAUUUAUGGCUGUGUGUAUUCUAGCAAACAUCAGAAUGUCAAAUGCCAGACAAAGAUCAGAGGAAUAUUUGCUAUAAUUUCUGAUCUGUGUUUGGAAUUAUAAUGUAUUAGUUGUUUUGAACGCUACACGUAAACCCUAUUGAACAAGUAAAUGAUAAUGCUGUGCAUAAAUGUGGGAAAAUAUCGAGAUGUGUAAGAAAAAUAUAUCUAUAUAAUGGGAAUGUACCAUAUGAAAAUAUGUUCAUCUCGAAUAUUUGUUAUUCUUAGUGUAAAAAAUCAUAACACAUAUAAAUUAUACCUCUCUUUGAGAUUUGGGUAUAUUAUUCAUUUAAAAUCAUGGAUGAUUUGCAAUUAGACUAAAUGAAAGAUGAAUGUAACCAUUCCUAAUUAUCUUUUACUCUGAUGAGUUUAUGUCGACAUACAUUCAAUUUAUGUUUGAAGGUUUCUAAAUAUUUCUAAAAUUGGAAUUCUUUCGGCAGCCACAUGUUUGGCUUACAAAAUGUUAUUUUAGUUGAAAUUACAUAUCACUAGUAGCUGGGAAUGGUUUCUUAAGCUAUGCAGGAAAAAGUUAUGGCAAAAUCAAAGUAUGUAGUUAACUGUUCCUCUUAAGGAAUGUCACUUAAGGAAUGUCACCUCACUUCUGUCACUUUAAACCAAUCAAGCCUCUGUAACACACUACAACUGUUUUUAAAAGAGAGAAUGUAACCCCAUGUCACUUCUUAAAGUUUGUUAAAUAAGUUGAUUUUGUGAACUGCUAGGGUGGCCUUUUUACAAAUAUUCAGAUUUAUAUGAGAAAGCAGAAUGUUACUAUGUGUUGUUGAAGGCUUUCAGGGCCAGAAUCACUGGGUUGAUGUGUUUUCCGGGCUGCAUUGCCUUAUUCCAGAAGCAUUGUCUCCUAAUGUUUCACCUACAUCUAUGGCAGGCAUCCUCCAAGGUUAUGAGGACUGUUGGAAACUAGGCAAGUGGGGUUUAUUUAUAUGUGGAAUGUCCAAGAUGGGAGAAAGGACUCUCGCCUAUUUAAGGCAAGUAUGAAUGUUGCAAUUGGCCACCUUGAUUAGCACUGAAUGGCCUUGCAGCUUCAAAGCCUGGCUGCUUCCAGCCUGGGGAAUCCUUUGUUGGGAGGUGUUAGCUGGCCCUCAUUGUUUCCUGUCUGGAAUUCUUUAUUUACUGUCCUGAUUUUAGAUAGUUCUUUCUCCCACCCUGGACAUUCCAGAUAGAGAAACCCUCCUUGCCUAGUUUUCAACAGACCUCACAACCUCUGAGGAUGCCUGCCACAGAUGUGGGUAAAAUGUCAGGAGAGAAUGCUUCUGGAACAUGGCCAUACAGCCUGGAAAACUCUCACCAACCUAGAAUGUUACUGCUCAGAAAGCAUUAUUCACGUUCUACUUUAUUACACUUCAGUUAAGUGGUUUGGGAAACGGGACUGCAGUGGUCAAUACAAUUAUGUUAUAUUCUACAGACUUAAAUGCACUAGUCAAACUAUUAUGUCAAAAAGAGGAGGUGUAUAUAACAUAGCAGAAUGAGAUAAGUUUCCUUUUUGUCUCAGAAUCACAGCAGCAGUACAUUUUGCUCUCUGACAGUAGUGUGCUGGAUGUAUUUCUCCUGUGACCUGAAUUAUCUGAAUUACAAAAAGGACACAUUUUUUACUUCUUUUGGAUUCAGGUUCAGACUUCACUUAUGGUUAGGGAUUGUUAAAAGUUAAUGGUGCACACUGAUAAAGUCAAGAAAACAACAGUGCAGCCAAGAAGAAUAAAGACCUGUAUAUUUAAGACUUUUUACAAGUAUCAAUAUUUAAAUUUAGACGAACAUUUAUCCUGUGUGUGCAAUAUAUAUAUAUAUAUAUCACAUUCUGGGAAGAAUUAAAAAUAGAGAUUCACUAUCACAAGAUCAGACCUCAUCAUCGUUAUCCCCUGUUUCAAAGUAUGAAAUCCAUUUUAGGAAGCCAUAAUGAGAACUCAAAAAUAUACCUAUUGUGAUAUUUAUUGUUCUUUGUACAGUUACAAUUUAGAAAAUAGUGAUCUAAAGUCAACAUAAGUCUAGCAGCCCAAAGAAUGACGGAGGCUGCUUCUUCUUAAACAUGAGGGCACAUUUGUAGUGUAUUUUUCAUAUCGGCUGCACUGUGGUUAGUAGAGGUGCAAGCAAAUGUACUCUCACAAUGUGUACUUUUUUUCAGUAAAUCUGUGACAUGUAUAUUUUUGCUGUGAAGACAAAUUAUGCUGCUUUACUUAGUGUGUUAGAGGCCUUAUGUGCACGUAAUGUUGAACAAAUGUCACUGUUUUUUAAAAAAGGUGUCUGUCAGUGUUUGAUUGUUUACAUUACAUGCGUUGAUAUUAUUAAAAAUCACAUGCUGUCCCUUCUAAGAAAACUGAGACCAGAUUACAGCCAUCCUCACACCGUUUACUGUAAACUCCCUCUUGAACAUGUGCCUCCUGACAGCUUUUCAAGCAGCAUCCGAUCCCCAUUCGGUUUUCUAGGAAGGGAACAUUACUGUAUUGGAAAUCUUUACUAUGACCAUCUUCUGUGCAUUUGUCUGGAUUUUCCCCCUCCAUUCCAAAUAUAGCUGUAUUUAAUGUUGAAAUCUUUGUAUAUGUGUGUUCUAUGUACAUGUAUGUGUAUAAGAAUGUCAAGGGAUGUAUUUUUAAAGAAUGCUGCUGUACGAUUUUGAAAAAAAGGGAUCUAGACUUGAGAAUUGGUUUUAAUGUCUACAAAACCUUUUCAAAGAUAUAUUUUAAAAAGAGAAAUUGGCAGUAAAAGUGUUACUCAAACGAGUUUUAGCUGCAAAAGCAGGCUAUUUGUCUCCCAGUUCCCAAAACAGACUAUUCCUUUUAAAAAGUGAAUAUAUUUUCACACACUCAUUGCCAAAGAGAUAUAUACAAAUAUGUAUCACAGAAAAAUAAAGUACCAAUAUACCUGUUUCUAAAAUUACUAAUAAUAGGAUUAUAGUUAGCAAAUUAUCUCAGGGCAGUCAGGGGAAUAUUACUUUCUUGCUGGUAUAUAGCAAAGUAUAGAAAGUGAAGGAAGGGCUAUUCUGCCGUGUUAACUAUUAAGAGAGAAUAUUUGAAAUCGAGAAGAUUUUAUGACUAGACUGGUUUAUAUGAAUUAUGAAGUCAAACCUAUCUAAAUAUCUCUUUACACCCACUGAAAUUAAUGUUUCAUGUUCACCACGAAAAAUAUGGAAGCACUUAAAAUGAUGGAUUCAAGGGAUGUUCUAGAUCUGCAAUGGGUGCCAAAUAACCAAAGAUGGAAUGGAAAUAUACUAGCGAUGUUUGAGUUAUGUUUAUGAAAGAGAUUACAAUAGUUAAAUGUUUAAAUCUGCAUAAAUAAUAAAACUUUGCCUAUAACUAUUUAA